GACGGCGCUGCAGACCGGCGUGUGCGCCUCUCCACGCUCUCGCUCUGGCCACGCGUGCUCCUCGCCGAGGACUUUCUGACGCCCGCAGAGGCGGAGCUCAUCGUGUCGCGUGCGGACGGUCACAUGCACAAGAGCGGCGUCUCGCUCAAGGAGGCCGACCGCGGCAAAAGCUCCUCCGACUACCGCACCAGCUCGCAGUGGUCCUACCCGCUCUGGGAUGAGGCGAUCCUCCCGCUGGACCGGCGCGUGCAGCAGCUGACCCGCAUCCCGAUGACGCACGCCGAGCAGAUCCAGGUGCUGCGCUACCUACCCAACGAGCACUACACCGCGCACCACGACUUCUUCGACCCCGGCGAGUACUCUGGCCGCGACCGAGAAUCGGGGUACGCGAGCAACCGCCUGCUGACCGUCUUCUUCUACCUGUCCGAGCCCGAGGAGGGGGGUGAGACGGGCUUUCCGCGGGCUGGCAAGCUGCCACAGCCGCGCGAUUUUCUGGACUGCAGCCGAGGCCUCGCCGUCAAGCCACAGCGCCUGGCCGUGCUCCUCUUUUACUCUAUGCUCCCAAACGGCGAAUUCGAUCAGACGAGCUUGCACACCGGCUGCGACGUCAAGAAAGGCGUCAAGUGGUCCGCAAACUUUUGGUUC